AUGUCGUCUGAUGCCUCGCGGCAGGUUGCCACCCCGAGGCUCGACUCUCAAUUCUACCAUGCAACCAGCCCCAUGGCCGACCUGACCCCUGCAUCUACAGACGCUCCUCGCAAACUCGACGAAUAUCCUUUUCCAGCAGCGCCACAAUCCGUCAGACCAAUGUCCGCCCCCGACGUCCCAGAGCCAAGGUCCACCGACAGUAAUACCGAGGCAGACCAGGACCAUAAACCAUCCCAACAAACGGCACCCGGACAUGAGUUUAUCAAUGAGGACCGCGGCAACAAUAACUCGCAAGAUACGUCCUCGUUCGCGCAGACCCAACGCGUCGCUCGUUCAGAGCUCGACUGCCAAGUUUGCUACGCCCUAUAUCACGACCCAUUAACUACCGGCUGCGGCCACACUUUUUGUCGGUCCUGCUUGCACCGGAUCCUUGACCAUUCACGAUACUGCCCCAUCUGUCGUCGUCGACUAUCCAUCAACCCGCUUCUCAACCGCGCAUCAUGUCCGUCCAACGCUUCUCUGACAAGAAUUAUCGAAACCUUUUGGACCGACGAGCUCGCUUCCAGAAAACGCGCUGUUGAAGCCGAGGAGGCCGCGCGCCUCCAGGACUUUGAAACUCCACUCUUCGUCUGCACCCUAGCCUUUCCACAGAUGCCCACGUUUCUCCAUGUCUUCGAGCCCCGGUACCGUCUGCUCAUACGCCGCGCCCUCGAAGGCGACAAGACGUUUGGCAUGGUGCUGCCCAAGCGCCCGCGGCAGCCCGGCGAUGCCCACUUUCACGAGCUCGGCACGCUGCUGCGCAUCGAAAAUGUGCAGUUCUUCCCAGACGGCCGCUGCCUCAUUGAGACAGUCGGUCUCUCCCGAUUUCGCGUACAGCGGCAUGGCGUGCUCGACGGUUACACCGUGUCAUCUGUGCAACGGAUCGAUGACAUUAGCCUAGAAGAAGAAGAGGCUACCGAAGCUGCCGAGAUGGCUGCAGCAGCUGCUGCCGAUGCCACCCCAUUUCCGCCGCCGCCAGACGCCGUACCCCGCCACAGCGACGACGGCUCCGCGAGCGGCGGCUAUGCUUCCAGCACGUCGACAACGCCGGGAGCAGCACGACCCACCAUUACCGUGCCGAGCUUGGAGACGAUGACGACGCAGGACCUCAUGCAGCUGGCUACCGAUUUUGUCGGACGCAUGCGCGACCAAAGCGUACCUUGGAUGACGGACCGUAUGCUCGCCAUUUACGGUGCAUGCCCCGUACAAGACCCAUCCAUCUUUCCAUGGUGGCUGGCCAGCGUUCUCCCGGUCAAGGACGCGGAGAAGUACCGUCUGCUGGGAUCGGCCAGCGUACGCGAGAGGCUCAAGAUUUGCUGCAAGUGGAUCAUUGAAUGGGAGACGAGAACAUGGUCUUUCAACUCGUGUUCCAUUCUAUAA